AUGACCACCACAACUGCUGAUGAUUCGAAUACAAUGGCCAAUUUACCCAAUGAACCAUUAAUAAAUAUUGAACGUUUUCGUUCACCAAAUGAGAAUGAUCGACAAUGGAUGUAUCGUAAAUUAUUCAUCGAAACAUAUUGGAAUGAAUACAACGAAGAACGUCUUCUAUGUUUAUCUCAGUGUUACAUGAACACAAAAUGUUUGGGUUGUAAAUAUAUGGAUCCAUUAAAAAGUCUACUAGAACAGUUAGAAAAAAAAGUAAAUUUGCCAUCGAUGAAUAGUGACGUAUCUUCGAAUGGAAGUCAGAAAAUAACCGAAUCACAUUCAGGGAAAAGUAAAACACCAGUACCUGACGAAAAAACAUCAUUUUCUGAUCAGCCAAAAAAUGAUCAUAAGCAGUCAGACUCAUCCAUAAAAACGUCUAUUUCACUUCCCCCACCACCAGUCCAACAGACGAUGACUAAUUUGUCACCAUCAACUGAGCAUCAGACCUCAACCACAAAACCGUCAGUUUCAACAACAACGAUAACAUCAUCCUUACAUUUCGAUACAAGUGAAACAAAAAUGAAAAACAUACAAAAGUUAACACAAGAAUUGAAAAAUGAACAUAAUCAUUUCACAAAUGGGAAUACUAUGAAGUAUACAAAUGAAAAUGAUACCAUGAUUGAUUACAUUUAUAAAAUUGGUAAUAAACAUCGCUUAUUUAUCGAUUAUCGUCCUGAUAUAACAGUUCAAACAGUAUCAACGCAUACAUUUACAACUCUAAUAUCUCGUGGUAAAUUAUACAUUGACGAAGUUUACAUAUGUUCUGGACAAGGUCCAAAUAAAAAACAAUGUAAACAAGUUUGUUUUCUGAGAGCACAUGAUUAUCUUGUUAAUCAUGAUUACGAGGUUAGAUCAUCAAUGAAUGAUAAAGAUAAAAAGGUACAAUAUGAUUUAAUUGUCAAAGAUUUGAAUGAAUUUGACGAAAAUGAAAGUUAUAUAAGUCGAACAAUGAUACCGCAGAUGUGUUUUGUUGAAGCAAAAGAUACAUCAACGAUCGCCGAGAAUACAUUCCGCCAACAAGUGACAACAGAACAACAGUACUGGCAACACGAUAAUUUCGACGAGAAGGAAUCGGCAUCAGUUCAAUCUUUACGGUCUCCAUCAACGACUAUUUCGCAUUCAUCAUUGAAUUAUACAGCAUUAAAGAAAGAUGAAAAUGUUCCGUAUCCAUUUCCUCGACAGCAACGGCUACCAUCACCAUCAUUACAACAACACACACAACAGGAAAAAAUUUUCACCGCAGAUGUAGUUAAUACAUCAUCAAUUAUUCUCGAUGAACAUCCUCCGUCGUUCAGUACAUUGUCAAUUUCUCAGCAACUUACAAAAUUGACAAAAUUGCAACCAUUUUUGUUUAGUUUAUUAAAUUGUAAUACUGAUGUAUCACAAUCAAUCGAUUUAAUCUCUACUCAAAUUAACAAAUAUGAUUUACAAUUGGAUUUUAAAUGUUCUGAAACACCAUCAGUAACACAAAGAUUUCACGGUUAUUUAAUAGUGGAACAAAUAUACAUUUCAGAUGGUUAUGGUCUCAAUAAAAAGUUGGCAAAAAAAGAUACGUAUUUUAACGGUCUCAAACUGAUCUCUCAAUCAAAAUCAUUUUCACUGGAACUAAGAAAUAAACAACAAUGGACAUUAAUUUCGUUUCAAGAUGAUCAAGGUCUACUCAAAUGUCCACCUCCAUCUCUACGAUCAAUCAUAUAUCAUGACAGAGACCAGAAUCGUGAUCGACCAAUAGGAGGACAAGAACGUGUUCACGAACAACAUCGAGAGAAAUUAGAUGAUAUGUGUAUUUCACCUCCAAUCAUUAACAAUAAUUACGACAAUGCACCAUCAUUUUCAAGACGAAUGAAUGAAAAAACAACGACUGUUCGUGUUAUUCCGCCAAUAAUGGAUUUGUCAAAAUAUGUUACAACUUCCGAUGAUGAAAUAUUAUCCAAUAUCCGUAAACUAAUACCAUCAAAUUUUGUUAUAUUUGAACCAGUUGAUUUUCAACCGGAUGUUCCCGGUUCCUACAUAUCAAUGUUAUUUGUAUCCAUGUCUAAAAAUCAUCUAGAAUUGAAACAUGAUGUUCAACAUACUAUUAAAGGUUUUUUGGUAACAUUUUAUAUAGGUGAUCAUUUUCUCAUGUCAAUGUUAACAAGUAGUAAUAAAAAUUGUACAAAACAAGUUGGUGCCAUGAAACUGUGUGAAUUAUUAAAAACAAUCUUUCCGUGUAUCAAAAUGAAAUCUAUUGAACAUAUGAUUGAAGACAGUGGAACGCCUAUGAUAUUGGAUAAUGCGAGACGUAUAACACGUGCACAUUUAUAUGAACAACCAGAUGAAUCAAGAACGACGUCAAACAUCAAUAAUCUAAAACAAUUAAAUGAAAAUGAUGAUGGAGGAAGAAAAGAUAUUGCAACAAAAUUAAUGAAAAAAAUGGGAUGGACAGGAACUGGUGGACUUGGAAAACAAGGACAAGGUAUAACUGAACCGAUUCAAAUUGUCGAUUUACAUGGUCGUCAAGGUCUAGGUUCAAAUCAUUUAUUUCCAAAUAAGAUAUUUAUUCGAAGUUUACGCCGUAUUCUAGAAGAAUAUAUUCAACAAAAUGUUCACGGUCAAGAACUAGUAUUUGAAAAUCAGUUUAGCAAUGAAGAACGUAAAAUAAUUCAUAAAGAAGCGACGAAAUUACAUUUAAAUUCUCGAUCAUAUGGUCAAAAUCAACAACGUUUCAUUUGUGUGACACAUAACCAAACAGCUGAUGAACUAAUGAAUCAUUUAAUACAACAUAAUGGUAAAACACAACGUUAUGAAUUAAAAUCAGAUCAAAAUUAUCAGUUUAAAUCGGACAAUGAUACAAGCACCAUCAUAACAAGUUCAUUAAACGAAGGUAUUCAAAUACCACCCAUGAUAAUAUAUAAAGAUGCAUGUGAUGAUGAUGUAUGGUGA